AUGAUGAAUUUUCAGGAGAUAUCAAUUACACAAGGACUUCAUGUGAGUGAAUUCAAUGAAAUUAUUUCAAUGAAAGAACUGAAAUCCAUUUGUCCUCAGAUCAAUUGGAGUUAUUUAUUGAAAGAAUUACUGAAACAAACUGGAUAUGAAAAAUCCAAGCAGCCAUCAAUCAUUGUAGAAGGACGAUAUCAGCUUAAACAUCGUUGUGAAUUAUAUGGUGAUGUAAUGAAAACAGAAAAAGAUAAAAGAUCUCCUUUAGAAUUACCGAUAUUUACAACUCGCGCUUACUACAAUAUGAAUGCAAACCGUGUUUAUAUGAAUGCUGGAGUGUUGCAACCUCCACUUUAUUAUGAAAAUGGUAGUUUAGCUUCGAAAUUUGGAGCACUUGGUUGGAUUAUAAGUCAUGAGAUUAUGCACGGAAUAGGUAUCCAAGGUGUACUGUUUGAUUCAGCUGGUACUAGUCUAACUGGUUUGGCUGGUCUUAUGUUAUCUUCUGUGAUAGAAACUAAAGCUUCAUGUAUUAGUGAUCAAUAUAGACUUUAUGAAUUUACCGAUUACAAAAUAAACUCAGAAAACACCGAUAUCGGUCAGUCGAAAUCAAAUAUGCUGAAUAUAUUUUAUGAUCCGUUGGGAUUAGAAACAACUAAUUGUGAUGACAGUGGUUAUCCGGUAGUUAACAGUAUUAAAAAAAUGUCUAAUCCUUCACAUAGUUUUCAUCCAUCUGAUGGCAAACAUAAUCUGCUUGAAUCCAAAGACAAUGAUCUAAAUGUUAUUAGCAUAAAAAUGAAUGUUUGUAUGGAUGAUACGUUUUUAUUGGAAUUUUUAGACAAAAUUUGA